AUAGUGUGGAACGGCCCACCUCCCGGCCACCCUCUCCCCUGCUUUUCGGGCGAGGGAGGGAGAGGAAGGAGCGAGGCAGCGCGAUUUCAGUCGGCGUCCUUUCGCGCUCGGCAGAGAGUAGCGCUGCUGCGACAGGCGACGGUGCCCGGCGCCCUGCGCACCUGCUAGCCUCGGUGACGCUGCAAACACUCUCCACACUCCAGCUGCCUCUAUAGCGCCUCAUUGCUGCUACAGCGAAUGGCUGUUUAUUAUUUUUAUUCCGGAUACUAUCUUCCUUGAUAGAUAAAAGAAGGCAGAAGAGAAACAAGGGAGAGGGGAAAUCACUGAUGACCCCCCUCCCACAAAAAUAAGAAGGAAACACGGAAGCUUCUGGAGUAUUCAUUUUUUUCUUUAGAUUUUUGUUCUUCUUUUUCCUCAUCGUGGUGCUGGGAGGUGCUUCAUCUUUCCAUUUACUCGCGAUCUCCCUCCUCUGCCUGCUCAUCUAUUUCUCUAUCUACCUAGUCAACAAUUUCUACUAUUCCUACAAACGCCAGCAGGCGAAAUCAGGCUGCCAGACAGGAGGAGAUGACUAAAUAGGAAGGAGGAGAAGAGAGCGGACCGGCGUCUCCGUCUCGCUGGCGGUGUCACACGCUACUCGGAAAGACGGAAUGGAAUAAAGGGGGUGCGCCCAAAAAAGCAUGCCAAGCAAUGAAAGGAUUAUGACCUGGACGAAAGGCAGAUGAAGGGAGCUACUCAUCUCUCCUUUCUCCAUUGAUCAUCCUCCCCUUUUCUAUGUUUUUUGUGUAUAGAUACUUGUAUCUUUCUUUUUUUUGGUCAUAUAUUUUUGUCAUAAGGAAAGAGAGGACAAAGCCCGCAGAAAGGACAACGGAAUUCUCACAGUUGAAAUAUAUCAUUACUACCCAACGUGUUAGCGGUAUUAGAUUAUUAAUAACUUUGAUAUUACAUGUAUUCUUCACAAACAGAUUUCAUGUCAAGCUUUCUCUUCACUCACCGCUCUUCCUCGCUUGAAACGUGACGAAGCCCAUCAGCCCUGUAACUUUGCUUCUGUGAGAUAAAAAGAUUUAAACUUUCGUGGACUACACAAUUAUUUCUGUCCUUUUGAUCACCGAAGUUUUCAAAUGUUUGCCUUCAUCAAAGAUAAAGUUUUAACGUCAUUGAAUUACUUUGACGUUUUUUGAAAAUAUGUGCUCUAAUUUAGCUGUCCGUACAUUUAUUACUGACAGCACUCGUUUUCACAUUCUAUUUACCUGAAUCUUUAACGCAACUAUUUUUAAGGGACGUCCGUGGUUUUUGUUACUUUUAUUGUAAACUAUUCUGAAAUAUCAUCUAAACAUUAAUCUAGACCCACAUUUCAGCUGCUUAUAGAAACUUCCAGUUAAUUUUUUUUACCAGAUCUAAGUGUUUAAAGUGACCUUUUAAAGCCAUUUGAGUGCAGACAGAAAUCCCACAUUUUCAUUCGUCUGUUCCGCACAUCAACAUCCUCCUCACGCUCUCCACUGCGUGCCCCCCCCCCCCCCAGUCCUUCAUCCUCUUCUUCCUCCAUCACUAUUUGUUUGACUUCACCAGUUCAUCCAAUACCUUAGGCUAUGAGAGGUAGAGGGAAGGACCAGGUCAUUCCAACAUGCCAAUUCUGAGAAGCAGGGAGGAGAUUUGCGCUGGACAUGAACAAGGGAUUGCUUUUACACUCCUCCAUCAUGCCUUUCUGCCUCUCCGCUUCUCCUCCUCAAGACCGGCGUAUCACCCCACUCUUCUCCCCCCCCGAAAGCGCCCCCUCUGCCCACAGGACGCCAUUCCUGUCCCUCUCUGUAAUUGUCCUCGUCCUGCUGCUGUUCCCAGUCUGCGAGUCCCGGCGAGGCGGAGGAGGCGGGGCCGGCGGUGGCGACAGGGGCGGGGCUGUGAUCAUCCCACCUCAUUACCCACCGGUGGUGGCCCUCCCGCCCCCCUCCUCCAAGUUGUCCCACGGCCUGAGCAUCGCCGUGGUGCUGGUGGGCAACUCCAGCGAGCUGGCACUGGCCGAGAGCCGCGAGAAGGAGGACUUCCUGCACAUGCCGCUGCCGCCCAACGUGGAGCUGGUCACCAUGAACAGGACGGACCCCAAGAGCAUCAUCACGUGCAUCUGUGACCUGAUGACCAAGCACUGGCUGCAGGGCGUGGUGUUCGGCGACGACACCGACCAGGAGGCCAUCGCCCAGAUCCUGGACUUCAUCUCGGCCCAGACGCACAUCCCCAUCCUGGGCAUCCGUGGGGGCUCCUCCAUGAUCAUGGUCGCCAAGGAUGACAACUCCAUGUUCUUCCAGUUUGGUCCCUCAAUUGAACAGCAAGCCUCAGUCAUUUUGAACAUCAUGGAAGAAUAUGACUGGAACAUAUUCUCCAUCGUUACCACCUACUAUCCUGGCUACCUGGACUUUGUUACACAAGAUCCGCAGCACCAUCGAGAACAGCUUCGUGGCUGGGAGCUGGAGGAGGUGCUGCUGCUGGACAUGUCGGUGGAUGAUGGAGAUUCCAAGAUCCAGAACCAGAUGAAGAAGCUGCAGAGCCCCGUCAUCCUGCUCUACUGCACCAAGGAGGAGUCCACCACCAUCUUCGAGGUCGCCCACCUCCGUGGGCUCACGGGGUAUGGCUACACCUGGAUCGUGCCCUCGCUGGUGGCCGGGGAUGCCGACAAUGUUCCAGCAGUGUUUCCUACAGGUCUCAUCUCCGUCUCGUAUGACGAAUGGGACUAUGGGCUGGAGGCCCGAGUUCGGGAUGCGGUGGCAGUCAUCGCCAUGGCGACGUCCACCAUGAUGCUGGACAGGGGGCCCCACACUCUCCUAAAGUCCGAGUGCCACGGGGCCCCUGAGAAGAAGGGCUCCAACACGGGGAACCCCAAUGAGGUGCUCAGGUAG